CUCAGCAAAAAGAAAUCAAACACCUCGCUCGGCUGCUUGCUUGCUUGCUCCGGCCGCGUACCCCAGAGCUCGCGUCGCGUGCACCCGCACCGGUGGUGCAGCUGCGGCGGCUGGUUCCGACGCCGGGAAGCCGGUCGACCGAGAAGCCAUUUCCAAGAUGAACGCGCCCAACUCGUGGCUGUUCGCGGACAAUUCCAAGUACAGCACCCGCGCGCGGCUCGUCUUCAUGGGCCUCUCCUUCGCCAUCGGCAUCCUCACCUUCCUCAUCUACCUCGCCAUCUGGUACACCUGCAGCCGCCGCAGCCGCCGCCAGCGCGGCGCGGGCGCGGUGGACCUGGAGGCCGGCGCCGCGGCCGCGGCCGCGUCCGAGCGCGGCAUGAGCGACGCCGCGAUCGCCGCGCUCCCGACGUUCUUGUACGAGCAGCAGGCGCAGGCGGACGACGCCGCGGUGGACUGCGCGGUGUGCCUCGGGCAGCUGGAGGCCGGCGAGAAGGCGCGGCGGCUCCCCAAGUGCGCGCAUUUGUUCCACGCCGAGUGCGUCGACGCCUGGCUGCGCGCGCACUGCACGUGCCCCAUGUGCCGCGCCCCCGUCGGCCCGGCCGCCGCCACCUCCUCCAAGAAGGACGGCACCACGGAGACCACCCCCCAGGCGCCGGCGGCAGCCACAGCGACGGCGGAGGCGCUGCCACCUGUUUAGGCUGCGCGUGGCUGCAGGCUCGCCGCGUGCCUCGGCAGAAGGCUGAACUGAGCUAGCUAACAUAGGACGUAUAUAGAGGCCUAAUCGAGGUGAUUUAUUUGGUUCGUAGUACGUGUACAGAAGUAUCUGUGACGUCGAUUGUAUUAUUAUUACUAUUAUUCUCACUUCUAUUCUAGGCGA